GGCUAGUAGCCAGUCAGUCUGUGCUCUGCCCUGGCCAGCAGCAGACGGAACCGUGCCGCCGCGAUCAUAUUCUACCCGGGAUCCGCAGACCCCAAGACCGUGCUCUUUUAUUCCGAAUUUUGUUGCGUUUCGGUCUUUAGUUUGGUAAAUUAACAAAGUUUUAUUUUAGACGAGCCAGCCGGGCAGCUCAUAAAAACGUGAAAUUCGUAAACAAUCAGCUUGCGGUCAGGCCAAACCAGCCAGAGAUCUCCGUGUUGCAUCGCUGCAGCUUUAAUGGAACGCGCGUUGUUCCAUGUGCGUGUGGAUUGCACCUUGCCAACGACCAGAGAGCCCUAGGAGGGCAGUGGAGUGUGUGCCGGAUCGCGAAACUGCGCCACAAUGGAGCGCAACGUGUCCACGUCGACCAUCGGCCGGGAUGAGGCCCGCCGUCCCCUGAUGGAAGCCUAUAUGUUCCAGCGGCGCGUCCUGCUCGGAUGCAGUCUGCUCAUGGUGGUGUCCUUGCUGAUAUGGAUAGUGGCCAUCUCGACCGAUCACUGGAUCAUCAUAUCAGGCGGAAAAGGCAUUUUCAUCCCGGAGUCGCGGCGCUUCUUCAUGUCCUCGCACUCGGGACUGUGGCGUCACUGCCGGAAUACCAUCGUGCCGAAUGCCAUGAGCAAUGCCCAGGUGGUGCGCAACUUCAGCUCCAUGUCGUACACCUCGCAGACGAACAUCAACGAGGCCAAGCGGAAUCUCUCGCACAGGGACUUCAUCAAGGAGUUCGCCCAGGAGCAGCUGGUGGAUACGGCGGAGAACUUCACGGAAUCCGCGCGUCGUCACAUGUUUGCCCACUGGGCACGCGGUGAGGAGGAGGAGUUCCAGACACUGCGCAAUGCCUUCCGCAGCCUAGUCAUGAGCACGGAGGACAACCAGCGGCAGAUCAACGCCACGGCCAUCAAGCCCAUACCCAUCGAUCCGCUGGACGUGAAAGGCAUCAUUGCGAGAAAAACCUUCGGUUCGGCUCUGCAGCGGGUUAAGUACAACAACACCUGGUCGUACUACGUGAUCCCCGAGGUGGCCCAACUGGCCAUUUUCAGCAACUGGACGGAUUACCCGCUGGUGGUGCGUCUGCUGGGCACCUACAUCCGGGACAUUGGCAUUCCCGCCUACGUGCUGAACGAUGAGCGGGUGAUCCUCAUCCUGGUGCCACCACUACCGCCCAAGAAGGGACAGGCCGCCUUCUACAGUUACAUCCCGAACCAGCGCUGCAAGUACAUUGACAUGUUUCCCAACUCCAACGCCCUGCGAAAUGAGCCUGGUUUCGAUGACGAACUAUUGGUGGCCUGGUACUCCCUUUCAGACUACAUCCGGACGCAGGCGUCCUUUGCCUGCAUAACACUCUUCGUGAUGAGCCUGGGAGCCGUGUUCUCCUUCUACACGUUCAUGAAUCCGCGCUACAUGUUCAAGCGGCUGGCGGGUGGCAUCCACCUGGUGGCCGCCUCCACGGCGCUGGUGGUGCUCCAGGUGCUCUUCUCCUCGAUUGACUACACCAAGGAGCAUCUGUUCUACGCAUAUCCGGACGGGGCUGAACUAACAUAUGGAUAUGGCGUCUACUUGGCCUGGUUCACCUUCGUGGACAAUAUUUUGUGCGGUGUUAUGUUCCUGUGGUACUCUGGCAAGAAGAAGGGCGCCAAGGCGCCCAAUGACGAGGUAGCGAUGGCGGACGAGCCCACCAUCAUGGGCAGAUAGUAACAUCGGGCCACGAAGACGAGGUUUCCUUUCAAUGGAAUGGAAUAUCCUACUGCGACCAAAGACCAAAGCAACCGGCACACUCGCCGUCGUUGCUUUUCACUUCACUUUUGUUAUUUGUUGUUUUUAUAAUGGCUGUAUUUAAAAUGUUCGCUUUAUAACUAUAAGAAUCUCAAGGCAAUAAAGGAAUUGUUUUCAGUCAAAAGUAA